UCGAAAGUUCCAUGUAUGCUACUUACAACCAAGACAGACAAAGUACUUAACACAGAAACAGAAGAGCUCAAGUAUCCUUGAAAAAACUAGAAGGGGUUGAGAGUGUUGUGAGUAUCACUUGCACAUCAUCAUUAUAUCAGAAGAAGGAGCAUAUCACUAUCAGAGAAGCCACAAUGGGAGCCAAGAGGUCAUCUUCUAACUCAUUUUGCAGUGUGUUCAAAUCAUGUUUCUCAAGUGGAAGCAGGUAUGAUGACUAUUGGGAGGCCAGUGGCAGCAGCAGAAGGGUAUUUGCUAGUGAUGAAGACAGAGGACGUUGGGUUGCAGAGCCUGGUAUUGAUAGAAAAGCCUCUGAUUUCAUUGCUAGAUACUAUGCCACCAGAGUCACUGACUCUCAGAGCCAAUUUGCAUCUUGAAAUUUCUUUUCUUCAAUGCUUUCCAUGUAGCUAUUUUUAUUUUUAUUUUUUUAUUUUUUUCUCUUUUACUCAGACCAGUUGUACUAGGUUCCUACCUCUCCCAACCCUCCAAGUGUGGA